AUGAUCUCUGGUGAUACUACUCGCCGCACUUACACCGCAGGCAACCCUAGCCAGCCAGACCCUCCCAAGUCUCUCUGGGCCAACCUCGGCCAGACUAAGCAGAGCAUCCUCGCUCAGCGCGCCGUCGGAUUCAACUGCCUUAACUACGCCAAGGCUCCCGAAGGAACUCUCUACCGCCACUACAUGCCCGACCAGGCUUACCUUGAUGCCAACUGUGCCCAGGGUAUCCGUGUUGAGAUCAUGUUCCCCUCUUGCUGGGACGGCAAGAACCUUGACAGCAAGAACCACCGUGACCACGUUGCUUUCCCUGACCUCGUCAUGACUGGUGACUGCCCCUCUACCCACCCCAUUCGCCUUCCUUCUUUGAUGUACGAAGUUAUCCACGACACCAACGCCUUCAAGGGCCGCCAGGGUCGCUUCGUCUUCUCCAACGGUGACACCACCGGUUUCGGUAUGCACGCUGACUUCAUGAUGGGCUGGGAAGAGUCUUUCCUCCAGAAGGCUGUCAACACUUGCACCAACCCAUCUGGCAAAAUUGAGGACUGCCCUCUCUUCAACGUCGUUGACCACAACACUGCCACCUCUUGCAAGCUCCAGAACCCGCUCCCCAAGGCUGCUACCAACGAGAAUGUCCGCGGUCCUAUGAUUGGUCUCCCCGGUGGCGUCAAGAUCACCUUUGCUGACGGCCACGAGGAGGGAUCUUCUGCCCCCAAGUCUUCUGCCGCUCCCAAGCCUUCGCUUACCUACUCUGCCGGUGAGCGCCCCUCUAACGCUGCUUCGCCCCUGCCCGGCCAGGUCUUCAAGGAGAAGGCUGCCGCUGCUGCCGCCGCCGCUGUUACCUCUGCUCCUGCUGCUCCCGUUGUUACCAAGGCCCCGGAGUUCUUCAGCACCGAGUUCAUCACCAAGGGCAACACCGUCAGCGAGAUUUUCUGGAAGGAGCAGCUCGUCACCGUCACUGAGACUGUCGAUGCCGUCGAGACUGGUGCUGCCCAGGCUGUGCACCACAAGCGCCACGCUUUCGGCCGCCGCAACUUCUAA